CCUCCUUUCCUCCUUUCUUUCCUUCUUUCUUCAGCCAGCAGCGUGAGCCAGAGCUGCUGCUGCUGCUGCUUCUGCUUCUGCUGCUGCUGCUGCUUUUUCUUCUUUGCGAUCUGGCCGCCGCCUUGGACUUUCUUUACUUGGAUCAUCUCUGGAAGGAUCAGCCAAAGAGAGACGAAAAGACAUCAUACUUGGGCUGCUUCCUCUGGCUCAGGCAUCUUUGGCUGUGUGUGUGUGUGUGUGUGUGUGUGGCAUUUGUGGGGAUGUGGGUGGGGGUUGUGUAUGUGUGUGGGCUUUUUGUAUACCUGCUCUUUCAAGGGCUGGGAAGACUUGAGUGUCUGCUGAGAAGGGUUCCAAGCAAAGAGGAGAUCCCCCUUUAAGCCCAAGAAUCAACUUGGGAAAGGAGAUCAGAAAUCCACUUUAGAUGAACCUACUAAGGAAGAUCAGAAAUGAAUAUGAAUAUGCUGAUGUUUAUAUGAACUUGGGAAAGGAGAUCAGAAACCCACUUUGGAUAAACCUGGUAAGGAAGACCAGAAACCCAUUGUGGAUAAACUUGGGAAAGGAGACCAGAACCCCACUGUGGGGCUACCACCAGAUGAAAACUCCUGGAACUAAGGAGAAGGCAAACUAAGACCCAUCCUCUUCACCUGGCCCAAGAAUGGUCACUCAGAGCAAUGCCUCACUAAAUGGGACCAACCACCUCAACCAGAACGUCAUGGACCUGCCCCAAAAUCAACAGCCUCUCAACCUUUUCCUUUUCUGUGUGACCUUUGUCAUCACCUUCACGGCCCUCCUGGGAGGCCUCUACUCCUUGGUAUCUCUCCUGAGGAUGCCAAACAAAAGCACCCUUUCCAUGCUGGUGACUUCAUUGACUGUGGACGACCUGAUCAGCGUGGGGCCGGCGACCAUCUUCAUGUUCAAGCUGUGGUUGAACGAGAUGCUCCCCCCGACUUUGUGCACUACUUCAGCACUGCUCUACUUGUUUCAGGGCUUUUCCAGCAAUCUGAUGGGCUCCUUGGUCAUUUCAUACAACUUCUACAGCCUCAACAAGAUGGAAACCGGACACAGGGCAACCAAAAGGCCUGUGAGCAUGAUCUGGGCCGUUCUCACCAUUUGGAUGGUCAGUUUGCUGAUCUGCAUUUUGCCUCUCUGUGGCUGGGGCACUUAUGGCUCGACCUCUUGGGGAUGUUUUGCAGACUGCACCAGUUCUUACAUCUUGUUUCUCUUCAUCAUCUACUCCUUGUGUUUCUUCCUUCUCCUUGUGCUCUCCAUCCCGCUCAUUUAUCAGCUGUUGUGCUCAGAUGAACAACUGCAUCUUUAUGAUGAUUAUCAUCAAAUCACCCGCGGAUAUUUCUCGCCUGGGUCACCCCCAGUGGGUAUCCACACCCUGCCCCUCUCUCCAGAGGAUAUGGAAAAUAAAAGCUUGAAGCAUUUUCAAAAUGCUGGCCAGAACGCUGACCCCAGGAUCCAGCAAGGUCCUGCAGAUGACCGCUGUAGAGUGGACAGCUACGGCACACAAAACAUACCAUAUCACAGCCGAAACUUCACUGUGGAAUUUGCUCAGAAGCGCUUCUCGCUGAUUCUGGCUCUGACCAAAGUAAUUCUUUGGCUCCCAAUGAUGAUACAAAUGGUGGUUCAACAUACCAUCGGGUUUCAAAGCCUCUCUUUUGAGAUAUUCAGCUUUCUCCUAACUUUGCUAGCUGUCACUGUCACUCCAGUGUUUGUCUUGUCAGAACACUGGAGUCACCUGCCUUGUGGCUGUAUCAUCAACUGCAAAAAGAACAUCUAUGCUGUCUCUUCAGAAGAAAGCAAGACCAGAAGAAGAGGCUUUGAAUUCAACCUGUCAUUUCAUCAAGGUUAUGGAAUCUAUAAGAUAUCCCAUGACAACCGUCACAGUGAUGAUAGCAAUUCCAUAUCAUACCACAGCUUGCUCAACUAUGAUUGUGACAACACAAAAGAAGCUCAAAAGGAAAGCAACAAAAUUGAGUUCAGCACCAUCUCUCUCGAGAACAGCUCCCUGCUUAAGGAGACAGUCAACAAGUGCAAGAAAACAGUUGGUACUGACACAAAACAAGACCUCAGCAAGGAUAAGUUCAUAGACUGCCUGCGUUCUGACAAAAUAGGAACAUAUAAGAAAGAAGAUAUCAGGAAUAAUGAGAAAUGUACUUUUUUUGAAGGACAGGAAAGAAGGCUUUCACAUGAGGAGGGACGGAAACCAGAACUUUCAGACUGGGAAUGGUGCAGAAGUAAGUCAGAACGGACCCCUCGACAGCGCUCUGGUGGUGCUUUAGCUCUUCCUUUGUGCGCAUUUCAAGGGACUGUAUCUCUCCAUGCGCCCACAGGAAAAACCCUCUCUUUGUCAACAUAUGAGGUAAGCACAGAAGGACAGAAAAUUACACCCACGUCAAAGAAAAUUGAAGUCUAUCGCUCCAAGAGUGUGGGCCAUGAGCCAAACCCCGAGGAUUCUCCAACCACCUUUGCUGAUACCAAUGUGAAGAUUCACUUAGAGGUACUUGAAAUCUGUGAUAAUGAAGAAGCCAUGGACACUGUAUCGAUCAUCAGUAAUAUCAGUCAAUCAUCUACCCAAGUCCGGUCUCCAUCGCUGCGUUAUUCUCGGAAAGAAAACAGAUUUGUCUCAUGUGAUUUAGGGGAAACAGCUUCCUAUUCACUCUUCAUACCAUCGAACAAUCCCAACACUGAUAUUAACAUAUCCAUUCCUGAUACUGUGGAAGCUCACAGGCAGAAUAGUAAAAAGCAACAUCUGGAGAAAGAAGGUUAUCAAGAAGAGAUACAAAUGUUAAACAAAGCAUACAGGAGAAGAGAAGAAGAUGGUGUCAACAACUAAAAUACAAAAUACAAAAACAAACAAAAAAACAGUUUGAGAAAUCAGACCUGAGUAACUGGAAGAUCCUGGGAUUUAUAAUCAAAUCCUCCACCCCAUUUCCAUGCUCUGUUCACAAUGUUAUAUUGUUGCUAAGAAAGGUCAUCCCUCUCCCCUUAUCUCUAGAAUUGCUGCUAAACUCAGAGGGAACAAAGAAAUCUGAGGGGAGUGGCAGGCAAUGUUACCAUCCCUGCUUAUUGAAAUCUCCCAGUGCUUCACCCUACAACUCCCUGCCCUGACAUGCCCCUGAAAUAGACUAUGAGCAAUCUGAGUUAUGGAGCUGGCUUAGUGGAUUUCCUUCUUUCUAUUGGAGUGAAUUGGGGAGGGUGUGUGUGUUAAAAGAUGAAAAUUAAACCACUUGCCUACCCACCCAUUCAUUCUGGUUACAGUGAGCUGAUAGGAUAUUGAAUGUGCAAGUGUCCUUACCUUGGAUUACCCCUAUCACAGCCUCCCUUUGAUAUCAGUGGGGUAUAAGCAGCCUAACUGUGUGCAGGAUUUCAGCCAAAGCUUUUAAUGUAUUUCUAAUUUUGACAGCAGGGGAAAGAUCAUGCUUUUCUAAAUCAAUACUUACUACCAUUUCUUCUGAUUUUUAGUCUUGGGCUACCUACUUAUGAGGCACAUAAAAAAGAAUUCCCAUCUGGGUGUUUACUAUACUUUAAAUAUAUUUUGUUAACCAUCAUCUGUAAAAAUUAGACAUUUUAAAAUGAAAAUGUUUGUAAUGAUACAUGAAAUCUGGCUGCAUCUUUUGAUGGAUUUCUCUGCUUUUCUGCCUUAUGUUCAGUGGUGCAGCUAGAUAAUUUUAAACCUGGGCUUAAUGGACGUACAGCCUGCUCUCUGGAAACCAUGUUGUAUGGCUUCAGUUGUUAGACAUUCAGCUAAUAUUUCUCUUAUCCAUGACCCCAUAUGAGCACCAUCAUGUGAAUAGAAAUAAAUGAUACAGAAGACAUCUUCAGCUAUCCUGAUAUUAAACACAUGUAUAGGUAUAUCUGUUAAUGAAGCUGGUGGGUUCCUGGGCAUUACUUCUUUAACAGAAAAGUUGGUACCAGAAGCAGAAUAGGGCUAUACACUACAAAAAAAGACAGUUCAUCAUGUUUCAGCAAAUAUUUUGUCCAAAACUAAUAAUAUACACCUCUGAAAUAAUACUACCAGGUCAGGCAAGCUUUGUGUAAAUUAAAAAAUAGUUUUGAAACUUCUAGAGAUCACUUGAAGGCUUCUUCAAAAAUGCAUCCAGGGAUGACUUUUUAUCUCCACAGCCCCCACUUAUCUUAUGAUUUCCAUUUUGGUAGGCUUUUCUACAUGGGUCUGGAGGAUGGGAGCUGGUGAGGCUUACCUGCUUUCCUCUUUUCUUUUUGUUUUGCUAUUCAUGCAUACUCAGCAAGGGAAUCUGAAGACAACUGUCCUUUACCUUGCCUGUUGUAGGCAGGCAAACACAAAUAGAGUAGCCUUGGCUAGAGUACAUUCCUGCUCUUUCCCAGCUCAAGUUUCUAUUGCAUUAUUUACUGCAGACACACUGCUGUCACCUGACAUCGAAAGUCUGCAUUUCUCCAGCUCUCCUUCACCAUCCUCUCAAUGGUGGUGCAGCUAAAAAACCCAACUUCCAGCUAUACAGAAGAAGGAAAGGUCCAAGUGCUGGGGGCAUAAAAAGAUUUUGUAAAAAGGAGCUUGUCAGAAGCUUUGUUAACUGAGGUAUGCCUGUACUUGGGAAUGCGUACCAUUUUGUUGUUGAAAAGGACACUAGGUCCUGUUACAAACUGCCAAAAUAAAUCUGCUUUGGGUCUCUUUGGA